AUGCAGUCAAUGUCCUCCAAGUUCCUCAACUUCCUCCUUCUCUUGGCCUUCUCCCUCUUCUUACUGGCCUUCCUCAACCACCUCAUAGCCUCAUCGCCACCCACUUCAACCUCUCUCUUUCCCAAUGAAGCCCUCCCCACCAAAAUUGGCUACCUCUCGGUCAAUCCUUCCGACUACAGUUCUGCCAUGUUUUAUGCCUUCUAUGAAGCUCAGAACCCCACUUCACCGGUCUCCCAAACACCACUUAUCAUAUGGCUCCAGGGUGGCCCUAGUUGCUCCUCCAUGUUUGGCAACUUCUUCGAGCUCGGCCCCUGGCGCGUGACAUCUCGCAAAGGCAGGCCUGAAACCUUUGUACUAGAACCAAAUCCGGGCUCUUGGAACCGCAUAUUCGGCCUUCUUUUCCUGGAUAAUCCGAUUGGAAGUGGGUUUAGUAUCGCUUCGGCAACCGAAAAGAUCCCAAGAGAUCAACUUUCUGUUGCCGAACAUCUUUUUGCUGCGAUCACUUCAUUUAUUGAGUUAGAGCCGUCUCGUCCACUUUACUUUACAGGAGAGAGCUAUGCCAGAAAGUACGUUCCAGCAAUUGGGUACUAUAUCUUGAAGGCGAAUGCUAACUUGCCGGUGUCACAGCGGGUGAACUUGGGUGGUGUUGCUAUCGGGAACGGCUUGACAGACCCGAUGACUCAGGUUGCUACUCAUACUGCGAAUGCUUACCAUUCUGGUUUGAUAAAUGAGAGGCAGAAAAGGGAGCUGGAGAAAGCGCAGCGGGAAGCGGUCAAACUGACAAAAAUGGGGAAGUGGAAAGAGGCAACAGAUGCUAGAACCCAGGUCUUGCUUAUGUUGCAGAGAAUGACAGGGCUGGCGACUUUGCAUGACUUUAGCAAGAAGGUUCCUUAUGAAACAGAAAUGGUUUUUGCCUUUUUGAAGAAAGAAGAGGUAAAGAAGGCUUUGGGAGUAAAGGAGUCAAUGGCUAACGAUGUAUGCAACGAUGAUGUGGCGGCUGCUUUGCAUGAUGAUUUCAUGAAAAGUGUGAAGUUCAUGGAUGAAUUUCUGCUGAAAGAGAGUAGGGUUUUAUUGUAUCAAGGUCAAUUCGAUAUGAGGGAUAGUGUGGUUUCAAUUGAGGCUUGGGUGAAGACGAUGGUGUGGGAGGGGCUUAGUCAGUUUUUGAUAACAGAGAGGAAGGUUUGGAGAGUAAAUAAUGGGCUUGCUGGGUAUGUGCAAAAAUGGGGGAAUUUGAGUCAUGUUGUGGUUUUAGGAGCCAGACAUCUUGUGCCUAGUGACCAGGCAUUGAAUUCUCAGGCAAUGAUAGAAGAUUGGGUUUGGGAGAGAGGGCUGUUUGGCUAUGAAGAGGAAGUAUCGUCUGUUUUUUCUCUUUUUGAUUAG